AUGCUGACUGGUAUUGUCCUGAGCUGUCUUUCUACGAGGGCACUUGACAGAUGGUACCCAAAAACCCUUAAAUGCGAUGUGUCCUUGGUGACCAAUAGGACAGAGGUCAGCGUGGACUGUACUGAGAGGGAGCUUACCAAGGUUCCGGAGGGCAUACCGUCCAAUACUACCAAUCUGACCCUCACCAUCAACCACAUUCCGCAUAUUACGAAAAAGUCUUUCCUGAGCCUGGAAAACAUCAUCGAAAUUGACCUGCGCUGCAACUGUGUGCCAGUCAAGGUAGGCCCCAAGGACAAAGUGUGCACAAAGAGCGUGACCAUCGAAAAUGGAAGCUUUUCGCAACUGAGAAAUCUGAAGUCACUUUACCUGGACGGAAAUCAACUCUCUAGCAUCCCAAAAGGUGUCCCUCCAAGUUUAGUGUUACUUAGUCUGGAGGUUAACAGCAUCUACUCGAUUAAAAAAGAAAACCUCUCUGAAUUGACGAACAUCAGGACUUUGUAUCUUGGUCAAAACUGUUAUUUUCGGAACCCUUGCAAUGCCUCUUACUACAUUGAAGAAGAUGCUUUGUUACAGCUUGAAAAAAUUACUGUUCUGUCUCUCAAGUCCAACAAUUUAUCUUACGUUCCCCAGAGGCUACCGUUAACCCUUAAGGAGCUAUACCUUUAUAACAACAGAAUUGAAAGGAUCGUUGAACGUGAUUUCAGCAAUUUGACCGAGCUGGAAGUUCUUGACCUGAGUGGUAACUGUCCUCGGUGUUACAACGCACCUUUCCCUUGUAUUCCAUGUGCUAACAAUGCCCCACUUGCUAUUGAUAAGCGAGCCUUUGUGAAUUUGCAUAAACUACGAAUUUUGCGACUUCACAGCAAUUCUCUCACAACAGUGCUGCCAGAGUGGUUCCAGAGUUGUAGUGAACUUCAAGUACUUGACCUCUCCAGCAAUUUUUUGGCAAAAGAGAUAACACACUCAACCUUUCCCAAAUCUUUACCUAACCUGGAGGAGUUAGACCUCUCUUUUAACUAUGAGCUACAGAGGUAUCCCAAAUCUCUCAAUCUCAGUGAUUCUUUUGCCCAUCUGAAAUCUCUCAGAGUCCUAAGAAUCCGAGGAUUUGUUUUUCAGGAACUGACACAACAAGACAUUCACCCAUUAUCCUUUCUCAGUAAACUCGAGUUUAUUGACCUUGGCACUAACUUCAUCAAAAUAACUGACCUGAGCAUUCUGACCAAGCUCAAGAACUUUCAGGUUGUAAAUUUAUCAGACAACAAAAUCUCAUCCCCCACUGAGGAUCAGCAUGCAUUUGGAUUUUCAGAGGCACAUGGUCAGAUUGUUGUGGAAAAUGGUUCCCCAAUGACACGAGGUUCACAAUACUAUAAUGGGGAAGUGAGAGAGAUUCACUAUUUUAGAUAUGAUGAAUAUGCUCGCAGCUGCAAAUAUAAGGACAAAGAACUUGGUACUCUGAGUUCACUGAACCCAGAAUGCAGCAAAUAUGGGAAAACCCUGGAUCUUAGCAGAAAUAACAUAUUCUUCUUGCAUUCCAGAUUCCUAAACCUUGGUGAGCUGAGAUGCCUCAAUCUUUCAGGCAAUGCCAUGAGCCAAAGCUUGAAUGGCUCUGAAUUUGUUUAUCUCAAAAACUUGCAGUAUCUUGAUUUCUCUUUCAACCGUCUGGAUCUCAUGUACUCCACUGCCUUUCAAGAACUAAGCAACUUAGUUGUUCUGGACAUUAGCCACAACAAUCAUUACUUUACAGCAGAGGGUUUGACACACAUGUUGAAUUUCACAAAGAACCUCAAUCAACUAAAAACAUUACUCAUAAAUCAUAAUAAGAUAUCCACUUCCACAAACACAGAGAUGGAGAGUUUGUCUCUUGAACGUUUAGAAUUUAAAGGAAACCAGCUUGAUAUGUUAUGGAGAGAUGGAGACACCAGGUAUUUCAAUUACUUCAAAAACCUGAUUGGCUUAAAGGUCCUUGACAUUUCUCAUAACAAUUUAAACUUCAUCCCUAAGCAAGUGUUCUCAGGCUUACCAGAAAAACUUACUGAACUUUACAUUAACAACAACAAGCUAAAAUCAUUUCCUUGGGAUGCCCUGGAAAUUCUGAGCAACUUAAUGGUCUUAGACCUUAGCAGUAACCUGUUAACAGCUGUUCCACAAGAGCUUUCUAACUGCAGCAAGUCUAUUAAAAAGCUACUGUUACGCAAGAACCAAAUUGUAAAACUAAGCCCUAACUUUCUAAGGGACGCGUUCAGCUUAAAACAUCUUGAUCUCAGCAGCAACCAAAUUCAAUAUAUUGAGCAAUCAAGUUUCCCAGAGGAUGUCAUAGACAAGCUAGAUGUCCUUUACCUGAACAACAACAGGUUUGUGUGCUCUUGCAAUGCCACUUGGUUCAUCAGAUGGAUAAACCUCACGACAGUGAACAUCCCACGACUAGCAUCUGAUGUGAACUGCGCUGCUCCAGGUGCCCAGAGGGGCAAGAGCAUCAUUUCUAUCAACCUACAAGCCUGUCAGCACAACUCUCUGUCCAUCAUCCUGUUUAUCCUUGUGACAAGCCUGGUCUUGAGUAUUCUCACCCUGUCCAUAUCCAGUCACCUGUUUCUCUGGGACGUGUGGUACAUCUACCACUUCUGCCUGGCCAAGCUCAAGGGUUACCACAGCCUUUCCUCUGAGAGCACCAUCUAUGAUGCCUUUGUGGUCUACGACCAGCGGGAUCCAGCUGUUUGCGAGUGGGUCCUGCAGGAGCUGCGUGUUCAGCUGGAGGAGAGGGGUGAACCACGUCUCCAGCUCUGUCUGGAGGAGCGUGACUGGGCCCCAGGGUGCCCCCUCAUUGAAAGCCUGUCUCAGAGUAUUCAACAGAGCAAGAGGACAGUAUUCAUACUGACAAACAAGUACCUUAGGAGCGGCAGCUUCAAGACAGCAUUUUACUUGGCCCACCAACGGCUGCUGGAUGAGAAGAAUGAUGUGAUCAUCUUGAUUUUCCUAGAGAGGAGUCUCUGUCACUCCAAAUACCUGAGGCUCAGGAAACGGCUUUAUAAAAGGUCAGUCUUGGAAUGGCCCACAAAUCCACAAGCUCAGCAGUACUUCUGGUUCCGCCUUCGUAGCGUCAUGGCAACGGACAGUCAGCAGCAAUACAAUGAGCUAUUCAGAGAGACACUUUGAAUGUUUGAAAAUGUUGUUGCUACCACCUACUGGAUAAAGCUUGCGUGCUGCCUAAUGGUCACCAUACUGUUCAGGCCAGCACCCAGUGAACUGAGUCUGAGAAGUCUGAGGAAAGUACCUUGUGACGUUCAAGAAAACUCAACGACAAACACUGUUGUUUUCAACUGUUUUCGUCGCGGGCUGAGAACAUUCCCCACUGGCAUCACCAAAAAUGUGACGAACCUUGACCUGGGUGACAACAAGAUUAAAAAUUUACCUCUCCAUGCUUUCAGUGGCAUGGACAACCUGACCUAUCUCAAUCUCAAUGAGUUGAAUAAAAAGAAAUCUGUGUGCAUUGCCCAAGGUGUUUUCGUCAACCUGACCUCCCUGAGAGAGCUGGAGCUCCAAGGAAAUAAUCUGACGUAUGUUCCCGAUCAACUUCCGUCCUCACUGGAGGUGCUCAAAUUGACAUCGAAUAAAAUAAUUUCUCUCAAUAGCACCUCUUUCUUACGUGUGAAAAAUCUGACAAAACUUUACCUCUCUAAAAACUGCCACAUUGAGAAUCCUUGUCAUGAAGUUUAUUAUAUUGGAGAUGGAACCUUUUCCAAUUUGGAACAUCUGAGGCUUUUAACAUUGUCUUAUAACAACAUAACUAAAGUUCCAAGCAGGCUGCCUGUUUCUCUAGAAGAUCUGGAGCUUGCUUCAAACAGAAUAAGAUAUAUUGGAAAGAACGAUUUUGCAGAACUCAAAAAUCUGGUAACUCUGAAGAUCCAAGGAAACUGCCCACGUUGUUAUAAUGCCCCGUACCCAUGUGUUCCUUGUCCAAAUGGUUCCAUUGAGAUUCAUCCACUGGCCUUUGACAACCUUAAAAAUUUAAAAGUGCUGGACCUUGCUGGAAACUCUCUUCAAACUAUGAAUAGCUCUUGGUUCAAGAAUUUGCAUAACCUUCAGGACCUUUUUUUAUCCUUUAAUUUUCUAGCACAUGCUAUUGUUGCUGAUGGAGGGUUCUUAAGUUGUCUGGACCAACUAAAGAAGCUGGAUCUCUCUUUUAACUAUGAUCUCAAAGCUUAUCCUCAAACUCUAAAGCUAUCACAAAACUUUUCAAAUUUGCUCUCCCUGAAAACACUUCACAUUGAGGGUUUUGUUUUUCAAGAGAUCACAGAAGAAACCUUACGUCCACUUUCCGGCUUAAACCUAUCUGUGUUAAACAUGGGGACAAACUUCAUUGCGCACUCUCAACCAAAAGUUUUUAACAGUCUGCAGAACUUAAAGCUCAUAUAUCUCUCUGAAAACAGGCUUGCUCCUGUGGUAGACAGUUCCUUCAAUCGUGACUCAGCAUCCGAUUACAUUCCUGUGUUCGCCAAGCCCCCACUCUGGGGACCAGACAUCUCUAGAAAAAACUUCAUUUAUGAACUGUCCCACAGACUUGUGAAACCUGAAUGCUUUGAUAGUGGCCGCGUGCUGGACUUGAGCAAGAAUAAUCUCUUUUUCAUUUCUCCAAAGCAGUUUGAGGGAUACGGCAACAUUUCGUGUCUCAAUCUCUCAAGAAAUGGUUUUGCAGCUGCGCCAAAUGGAACUGAAUUCAAACUCUUGCAGGAACUGAAGUAUCUAGAUUUGUCCUACAACAAAAUAGAUCUGGCAUAUGACCUCGCAUUCACCGAGCUACAAAAAUUGGAGGUGUUAGACCUCAGUUACAACUCUCAUUAUUUCCUAGUGUCUGGGGUGACACACAAUUUAAAAUUUUUAGAGAGACUCCCAGUCUUGAGAGUGCUGAACAUGAGCUCCAAUAGCAUCUUUACAUUAACCACUAAAAUGAUGUUCAGCAAUUCUCUCAAGGAACUGCAGUUCCAGGAAAAUUUCCUAGGGAAAUUAUGGCAGGGAGGUGAUACUUAUCACAAGCUUUUCAUGAACCUAAAGAAUUUGACUUAUUUGAACAUAGCAAAAAAUAAAAUUAAAACUAUACCAUACAUAGUCUUUGAAAACCUGCCCCGUACCAUUCAAAAGCUACGGCUGAGCGACAAUGAACUGGCACAUUUCAACUGGUCAAUGUUAAGACACCUUGAUCAACUUCAGGAGUUAGAGCUGGAUAAAAAUGGCAUAUAUUUCUUGUCCAAAAACCUGUCAGAAAAUACAAGAAGCCUACGUUACCUCGACCUGAGCGGCAACAAAAUCUCUCAACUCUCCGAUGGAUUUCUGCAGGGUGCCUUUAGCAUAACCACUCUUGACCUCAGUUACAAUAAGCUGAAUAUGAUUAACGGAUCCACUUUCCCGCUCAGUUCAGAGCACGGCCUGAAAAAAUUACUGCUCCAUGGAAAUCCCUUCCACUGCACUUGUGAUAUACUGGAUUUUAUCCUAUGGAUCGAAAAAAGUGACAUAAGGAUCCCAUGGUUAGCAACCUCCGUGACUUGCAGCAUGCCAGAACUUAAGAAAGGAAACUCAGUCAUCAGCUUUGAUAUCAACGAAUGCAACAAUAUCCAGGUCGCCUUUCUCCUCUACUUCCUGUCCAUGCUUAUAAUUUUCUGUGUCACUUUCGUUUCCAUAGCAUUCCACCUGUUUUAUUGGGAUGCUUCCUAUGUGUGGUAUUAUUUAAAAGCUAAAGUGAUGGGGUACAAGUAUCUGAGGUCUACAGACACUUCCACUGUCUACGACGCCUUUGUCACAUAUGACACCAAAGACCCACUAGUUUCUGACUGGGUCCUGAACCAUUUGCGUGUACAGCUGGAGGAGAAUGGGGAGAAGUUCCUGCCCAUCUGUCUAGAGGAGAGGGACUGGUCCCCAGGAAGCCCUGUCCUGGACAAUCUUACGCAGAGUAUCCGUCUGAGCCGGAAGACUGUUUUUGUGCUGACUGAAGCCUACGUCAACAGUGGUUCCUUCAAGAUGGCAGUGUACCUGGCCCACCAGCGUCUUCUAGAUGAGAACAAGGAUGUGAUUGUGCUGUUGCUCUUGGAGCCUGUGCUACAGCACUCCCAGUUUCUGCGUCUGAGGAGAAGACUCUGUGGCCACAGCGUGCUGGAGUGGCCCAAAACCUCAUCGGCAGAGGCAUGGUUCUGGCAGUGUCUGAGGAAUGCCAUCCGAGUGGACAACCAAGUCAAGUACAAUAAGAUCUACUCUAGGUAUUUCAGCAUGAAGUAA